AAGAUUUUAUUCAGUGUUCACAUGGAGUGCUAAUUUUUACCUAUACAAUGGAUUAUAAGAUUUUAUUCGGGUUCACAUGGAGCUAAUCUAACAGUUGAUCUAGCCCCCAUCAGAAGGGAAUAUUUGGCCCUUACAGGAGACAAGCUUAAUGGUGUAGAAAUGAUGGCCUGUGGUCUUGCUACACACUACUCACCCAGCACAAGGCUUACUUGGAUUGAAGAGCGGCUACAUAAAUUGGUAACAGACGAUCCUUCUACCAUCGAAACUUCUCUAGAGGAAUUUAGCAUUGCUGACUUGCCAGAAGAGUCAAGUGUCAUGCACAGGAUCGAGACAAUUGACAAAUGUUUCAGCCAUGACACGGUAGAGGAAAUUGUGGAUGCUAUGGAAACGGAGGCAACUGGAUCAAAUGAUGAGCUGUUUACUUCAGCUCUCAAGAAACUAAAACAAGCAGCACCAUUGAGUUUAAAAGUCGCCUUGAAAUCUAUACGGGACGGUAGGUACCAAACUUUUGAUCAGUGCAUGGUCCGUGAGUAUAGAAUGUCUCUUCAAGCCAUGUCCAAGCAGAUAUCCAAUGACUUUUCUGAGGGUGUUCGAGCGCGUCUAGUGGAGAAGGACUUUUUGCCUAAGUGGAAUCCCCCGUGUUUGGAACAAGUUUCACAAGAUAUGGUGAACAGCUACUUCACUCGACUUAGUGAUACUGAGGCUGACCUAGAGCUACCUAUAAAAUCAAGAGAAGCUUUUGUCUGAGUGUACAUGCUUCUGAAUAGAUGAUUGAUAUAGCACUAUGACCAAACCUGAUCGGAUGGUUGACAAAUGAUAACCAAGGACUGCUCUCCCUCAGUUGA